AUGGCCCUGUCUGCCACAUCGUCCAUCGACUUCCGCGAGGAUGUGCCCAACAGCAAGCGUCGGGAGGACACGAAGAUUACCGAGAGUGUCGCCACCAUCUCCAUACACGAGGAGCCCAACGAAAGCCGUCGGAAUGACACGGUAACCGAGAGUGUCGCCACCAUCUCCAUACACGAGGAGCUCAACGAAACCCGUCGGAAUGACACGGUAACCGAGAGUGUCGCCACCAUCUCCAUGCACGAGGAGCCCAGCGAAACCCGUCGGAUUGACAAGGUAACCGAGAGUGUCGCCACCAUCUCCAUACACGAGGAGCCCAGCGAAACCCGUCAGAUUGACAAGGUAACCGAGAGUGUCGCCACCAUCUCCAUACACGAGGAGCCCAGCGAAACCCGUCAGAUUGACAAGGUAACCGAGAGUGUCGCCACCAUCUCCAUGCACGAGGAGCCCAGCGAAACCCGUCGGAUUGACAAGGUAACCGAGAGUGUCGCCACCAUCUCCAUACACGAGGAGCCCAGCGAAACCCGUCAGAUUGACAAGGUAACCGAGAGUGUCGCCACCAUCUCCAUGCACGAGGAGCCCAGCGAAACCCGUCGGAUUGACAAGGUAACCGAGAGUGUCGCCACCAUCUCCAUGCACGAGGAGCCCAGCGAAACCCGUCAGAUUGACAAGGUAACCGAGAGUGUCGCCACCAUCUCCAUGCACGAGGAGCCCAGCGAAACCCGUCGGAUUGACAAGGUAACCGAGAGUGUCGCCACCAUCUCCAUACACGAGGAGCCCAGCGAAACCCGUCAGAUUGACAAGGUAACCGAGAGUGUCGCCACCAUCUCCAUGCACGAGGAGCCCAGCGAAACCCGUCAGAUUGACAAGGUAACCGAGAGUGUCGCCACCAUCUCCAUGCACGAGGAGCCCAGCGAAACCCGUCGGAUUGACAAGGUAACCGAGAGUGUCGCCACCAUCUCCAUACACGAGGAGCCCAGCGAAACCCGUCAGAUUGACAAGGUAACCGAGAGUGUCGCCACCAUCUCCAUGCACGAGGAGCCAGACGAGGGGCCUGAAGAGCUGCACUACGAGAUGAGCGCCAGCACCGGACUCAACGCAACCACGCAGAAGGAUGACAUCGAAUUCCAAGUGGUGGACGAUAUCGCAUCGAAAUCGGAGAGGAGUGUGCCGUACCAGGUUGAGGACAGUCGCAAGAACCUCGACGGACUCGCAUCCACGCAACAGGAGGAAGGUGCCGCUUCACCGCAGCUGCCGUCCCAGGGCGGGGUGGCAGCAGCGCCAACCAGUGAUAUCUACGCCCUCAACCCUCCGCCCUCUCGCCUGUCACAGCGGGCUGCCAAGGCCGCGCAGACACCUCGCUCGCUCAGCAGCGCUCCCAUCACGCCGAGAACCCGGUCGGGAACCAGCACGUACCGCCCACCGGCUCAGCAGCAGGAGGCCAAAGAGAACGAGGACGCUGAGGUGCAGCCGCUGGUCUAUGGUGGCGAGAGCGCACCUGCUCCGGAGACCGCGACCGCGCCGACACCAGUCAGCCUGGUCGUUACGGAGCACAAGCGGCAUUUCCCGGGCAACAAGUGGGAAAGUGUGGUGGCAGCCUCGCUCGAUGUGGUGAAGCGGACCGUGUGCAACGAGACGGCGGACGCGAUAGGGGUGGAGUCGCAGUACGUACAGGUGCUGAAUGUGGGGGCGACGGCGACAGGCAUGACUUGUGACAUCAGUGUUGGCCAUGCCCCCACCAUGACGGCGAGCGAGGUCGAUGAGAAGCUGAGCAGCUACCCCUACGAGACAACGAUAACGCUGCCGGACAUCCUCACAGCCAGCAGUGAGCAUCCGCAGUACGGCCUCGGCGGUGCCCUUGCCCCCUGGGAGGGCACGCAGGCGGCAGCGGGCGCGCAUGAGCAGCAGGUGGAGGAGGAGGAAGAAGAGAGGUACGCCCCAGUUGGAGUGCCGAAGGCGGCUCCAACGAAGCCGAAGAGAAAGACAAAAAAAGCACACAGGAAACUCAAAAACGGCUCGGCGGCCUCACAUGCCCGGAAGGCCACAGCUCGCGUCUCGGGCCCCCCAAUCCCCAAGAAGUUGGGGCUCAGGACGCUUCCCAAAGUGCUCGUCACGCCGCGGAUCUACCAUUACCGCGCGCCACGCCCAGGCGCGGAGCGUAGCACGGACAAGGGGAGCAUCCUCUACUUGGAUCCCAGGGAGAGUACUGAGGGGCUCGGCAGCCGUUACUCGGUCUCCGCUGCGACGCCGCACCGCGGCACAAACGCCGUAAAUGGCGUAAACGGCAGUCGUAGUCCAUCCGCUCCGACUUACCCCAGCGCGUCCGUCAGAAAUUCGGCGCACAUCCCACCACAGCGCGUGGAGCGCGGCGUCGUCUCGCUGGCGCUACGUAAGCGCCAGAUUAUCCAGGCGGUGCCGGCGGUACCGCCUCCGCAGCAGCAGCAGCAACGCGCAAUGGCAGCGCCCUCAGACGAUGCCAGCGCGCACCGCUAUAUGAACGGAGUCGAUCACACGGCUAACACGCACUCAGUCUCCCGCCGCUCCCGUUCCCGCUCCCCAAAGCAGCUGGCGCUCGCCCCGGGGACGGACUCGGCGUCGGAUGCGGCUCCCGAAGAGGCGGCAGUGACGGCGACACCCAUGGCCGCCAGCGGCUCUGCGGCCGAUCAGGAAGACUACAUUCCCAUGGCUGAAGGUGUCGAGAAGGCGGCAGACGCAGAAGAGUUGCUGCAGAAGAAACAGAAGGCAGUGGCAGAGUACGACACUGUUGAUGACGAGGACGAUCCUGUUCCGGCCCCCGCGCCCAACCCGUUUGUGUAG